AAUAGCAGCAUUUUUGUUUUGUUUAUGUGACAACUUGGUUUUGUAGGCUCCACUAACUGUACAUACAUGUCAUGCAUCUUUGAUUGACUCUUUCUUUUCUAAAUUUAGUUCCAACAUUUUUCCUCCUUUAAUUCAUUUUUUCCAUAAGCUAAUUUUAAUUUUUCCUCCUUCAAUUUUUCACUGAUCAUUAAUAUCUGCUAACUAUCAAUCAUCAAUUUCCUUUCUGCUUAAUCAGGAUCAAAAUUGAUUAAACUCUUCUUCCUGAAGAAUUUUCCCUGCAUGGUUAAGAAUUGAAAGCUUGCAGGAAGGGUUAAUAUAUAUGUCUGAAUUAUUAUAGAUAUCUUUGGCACUCUCGGAUUGCUUUUUAACCAAUGGAGGAAGUUGAUAACAAACCAACCUCCUCAGAAUCCUCCUCGAGAAAUGUUGAACCGAAUUCGCUAGCUGAAACUACUCAAGAAAAUACUGAUAUCAUAAUAACUCCCACAAUUGAUCACUCUUCCAAUGAAGCUUCCAUCAACUCUUCUGAUGAUAACAAUAUCGUGGAACAUGAAACUCAUUUUCAAGCGAAUAAUUUAUCUGAAAUAGAAUCAAAGUCAACAAAUGCAAAUGCUUCUGAUGAUCAAUCUAUAAGACAAGAAGAUGAACAUCCUCUCAAUGAUAAUUCAACUUCAACUCCAGAAGAAAAAGUUCAAGAACAAGAUGAGUAUCUUCCAAUAGCUGCAGAUUCUGAACCUGAAGCUUUAGAAGAUACCUUUAACAGACAACAAGAUGUUGGUUCAACUGUUACUGCUAGCGGCGGCGAUGUUGAUGAUAAUCAUAUGGAACUCUCAACAUCCUCUUCUGUAACAGAAGGGUUGCAGAUUGACCCUAAAGAUUCACCUCGGACCGUACUUAUUAAUGCACCUCAAGAAAAUUUAGCUUCAUCAUCAAAUGCUGAAGUUCAUGUAACAGAACAAAGUCAACAUCAGGAACCUGUGGUUGAAGAUUCUGAACAAUCUUUAGAAGAUAUAGUGAACAUUUUGUCAAAAAAAAAAGAAGAUAUAGAGAACAUUCUGAAGCAUGUUGCUGUUGAUAAUCAGAUGGAACUAUCGGCUUCGGAUUCUGAAACAAAAGAGUUGGAGAAUGAUCUCAAAGAACUAAAGGCUAUUGUGUCUACAAUCAAGGGCUCUGAUGUUGCUGUUGGCGCUGUUGACUCGCCUACAGACGCUAAGCAAAUUGCUGAAAAAAGAGGCAUAAUCGAUACAGCAUCUCCAUUUGAAUCUGUUAAGGAAGCUGUUUCUAAGUUCGGAGGAAUCGUAGAUUGGAAGGCUCAUAGAAUGGUCACCGUAGAGAGACGCAAGCAUGUAGAACAAGAGCUUGAAAAAGCGCACGAUGAGAUUCCGGAGUACAGGAAAAGAUCAGAGGUGGCUGAAAAAGAAAAAGUCGAAGCACUUCAGGAGCUUGACAGUACAAAAAGACUAAUAGAAGAACUAAAACUGAACCUAGAGAGGGCAAAAACCGAAGAGCGUCAAGCAAAACAAGACUCAGAACUUGCAAAGCUAAGAGUGGAAGAGAUGGAGCAAGGUAUUGCCGAAGAUUCUAGCGUGGCGGCCAAGGCUCAGCUUGAGGUUGCUAAAGCAAGGUAUACAUCUGCAAUUACCGAGUUAACAUCGGUGAAAGAGGAGCUAGAUGCGUUGCGUGUGGAAUAUGCUUCCUUAGUUGAUGAAAAAGGCGAAGCUAUCAACAAAGCCGAAGUAGCUGUUGCUGCAUCAAAACAAGUAGAAAAGGCAGUAGAAGAUUUGACUAUUGAGUUAAUUGCCACCAAGGAGUCUUUGGAAACGGCACAUUCUGCACAUAUGGAAGCAGAAGAACACAGAAUAGGAACAGUCAUGGCAAGAGAUCAAGAUUUUCUCAAUUGGGAGAAGGAACUUAAACAACAAGAAGAAGAACUAGAAAAACUCAACCAGAAAAUUUUGUUUUCUAAGGAUCUUAAAUCUAAACUUAGGAAAUCCUUUACAUUGUUGCUUAAUUUGAAAGCCGAAUUAAAUGCCUAUAUGGAAUCAAAGUCAAACCACAAAGGCGAUGAAGGAGUAACGAAAGAGAAACGAGAGAAGAAAUCACACAAUGAAAUACAAGAAGCAAUUGCAUCAGCCAGAAAAGAACUUGAGGAAAUAAAGCUUAACAUAGAGAAAGCUACUUCUGAGGUAAGUUACUUAAAGGUGACUGCAACAUCAUUAAGAUCAGAACUCGAACAAGAGAAAUCAUCGCUCAACUCGAUGAGGCAAAGAGAGGGAAUGGCCUCAGUUACAGUUGCAUCUAUUGAAGCCGAUCUGGACAAAAUUAAAUCGGACAUCACUUUUGUUCAUAUGAAGGAAAAAGAAGGCAAAGACACUAUCCUUGAGCUUCCAAAGAAACUAAAAGAAGCGGACGAAGAGGCUAAUAAAGCAAACUCGCUUGCUCAAGAAGCUCGCGAAGUGCUUCGGAGAGUACAGGAAGAAGCAGAACGAGCCAAGGCCGGUGCAAUUACAAUGAAUAGUAGAUUACUUGCAGCUCAAAAGGAGAUAGAAGCUGCAAGAGCUUCUGAAAGGUUGGCAAUACAAGCAAUUAAAGCAUUGCAAGAGAGUGAAUCGGCUAGAAGCAACAACAAUGAAGUGGAUCCAUCGAAUGGUGUGAUACUUUCGGUUGAAGAGUACUAUCAUCUUACGAAACAAGCUCAUGAUGCAGAAGAAAAAGCCAAUGUGAGAGUUGCGACCGCGAAUUCUGAGAUUGAUAUAGCUAAGGAGAAUGAACUGAAAACAUUGGAGAAGUUGAAUGAAGUGAACAAAGAAAUGGCUGCAAGAAGAGAAUCUUUGAAGAUUGCAAUGGGAAAAGCUGAGAAGGCAAGGGAAGGAAAAUUAGGUGCAGAACAAAAAUUAAGAAAGUGGAGAUCAGAACAUGGACAACGCAGAAAAGAGGGCGAAGUAGGCCAAAGAUCGGUAAACCAGAACACAAGUCAUGGCGGUAAACUUAAUCCAAAUCAUAGUGCAACUUUUCCUGUAAGUUACUUUUCAAGUCAAAAAUCUUAUGUUCAUGCAAACAAUGAAAAUGGAUCUCCACCGGAUGCGAGAAGUGGAAAAAAGAAGAAAAAGUCGUUUUUUCCACGGUUUUUUAUGUUCUUUGGAAGAAGAAAAACACAUUAAACUCAUUCAGGGUAAUCACUUUUUGAGAAACUACAAUGCAUUGUUAUGUAUUCAAAGAGCAUUUUAAAGAUUAUUCAAAGAGUUUACUAUACUUGUACAUGUUAGUGAUUUUGCAAUAUUAUGAAUGAUUUUCUACUAUGUGCUUUUUGAGGACAUGAAGUUAAGUUCAUCACCCUUGGUGAGAAAAUAACAAAAAAAAAAAAUAAAAAUAAUAUGUUUCUUUAUUGUUUAUAGCCUUUUGAUAUAUUGAACAACUUUAUGUAAAGAUUAGUGUGAGAUUUUACCAAAUCAAAGGUAUUUUUUGAGUUUGA